AUGCCAAAAAAAAUCAAUUGUUUACCUUACAUAUUUUUUAUCCUCUACCAUCAGGAAGCCAAAUAUGUGAUUCCUGAAAGAGAACCCAGGGAUAACAUUUGGAUCUAUCAUUGCAAAUGUGUUGAAGGUUUAACUGCAGCUAGUUCUGUUUAUGUGAAUUGCAUCCAUAUUGAAGCCACUGAAAAGUUGAUCGAAAGCUUUGACAAGGAAAACAAUGUCACCCCUUCACUUGCUGGAGACGCAUAUUCUCACGAUCACACUUACCAAGAAGAACAUCAUGACUUGUUGCCUUUGACUGGGAAUAAUUUUACCAUUUUUGUAUGUGGAAAUAAACAGCAAAGAGUGGUUGGCCUCUAG